AUGUUGACAACUCCAGGAGGGAGUGUCCAGGUACCAGUCAAGUUAUUACGUGAUACUAAGAGCAACCAUAGUGUGGUAGUACAUGGUGCUCAACCUCAGUUGGAAAACAGUCUCACAGGAGAUUCAGAUAUUUCAAAGGUGCGGAACAAGAAGAAAUUUCCUAAAAAGGAGAACCUGCUGUUCUUUAAGAGACACAGGAAUUUAAACGGGCUCAAUGGAUGUGAUCCAACCCUCGAUCCCUUGAGUCAAUUGGUUGGUUCUAGGUCUGGCCCUACAACUGUACUUGCACCUGCACCUGUAGUCAUGUUGUUAGAGUUUCUGCAGUUACCUCUCUCUUGCAAAAGCUACCUGCCAGGAUUUGCAUCCCACAAGGAAUAUGAGAUAAUAGAACAGUCGUCUAGGAUCAAAACAAGAGAACAAGGGACCAUUGGUCAUCACUUGGUACAUAUAGAGGAGAUGAUUACCCACACUUUGCCACUGUUAGCUAUUGAGUUGAUUGAGAGGCGUGUGGGUGUUGAACAGGCGGAGUCACUUCCCACUGCUUGCACCGCCUUCAGAAAGACCUAUAGUGAAAUUAUAGCCAGUGAAUGGCAAGGGCCUUCUAACCUGCAGGUGCCGAGUGUAGACUUCACCGCAUCGUCUCUUACAGCUGCUAAGAUGGGUCGUUCAUGCAGAGGAAGUUCAGUCGCGCAUCUGAAGCUUUUGAUUCCUCUGAUGCUCUUUGUUGGCAUUUCUGAGGGAUCACCACUGGAUUAUGGGAGAUGGAAAGUCUUAGCUGUCAAUCUUGAGCAAGUGAGCGGAGACGCUUAUCCUCCCACCCUGAGCAAACUUGAGGAAAUGGAAGCAGAGGGAUACUUGGUGGUCCUGUCUGCAUCAAAGAUCAAAGGUAUUGCUGAGGUAGCUGUAUCAUCUGAAGCUUUAAAAGAUCUUACUAAAAGGCAGGAUGAUGGAUUAAUAACCUUUGAUUUAAUAUGUAAUAAUCUUCGUAGGGCAUUAGAUUUGGAGAAGCGUGGUGCAGGGAAAGCCCUUCCUCGGGCUCCAGUUACAUUCACCUCUUACAUGAGUUUUAGCCAAAUUUCCAGUUACUUGGAUGGCUUACAAGCCCAGUACCCCAACAAAAUCCGAGUGGAUAAACCUGGAAGGACUGUUGAAAACCGGGCUGUUUACCGUGUUCGGAUGACUAAUAAUAUCACAGAUAACGUGCAGAAGAAAGUUGUCCUUAUUGAUGGAGGUAUACAUGCUCGUGAAUGGGUUAGCCCAGCUGCUGCCUUGUAUAUCAUCGAAACACUUAUCGCUAAUAGUGGGCUAACAGAAUCUAUUGAAUGGCAGAUUAUGCCCGUGCUUAAUCCUGAUGGAUAUGUUUACAGUUGGAGCAGAAAUCGUUUGUGGCGCAAGAACAGGUCAAGGUCUUCCUCUUCCACUUGUAUUGGCGUUGACCUUAACAGAAAUUUUGGAUAUCAAUGGGGAGGACUUGGGACGAGUAGUGAUCCAUGCAGUGAUAUCUACAAGGGAACAUCAGCAUUUACCGAAGCAGAAAGCAAGACUCUAAGAGAUGUUAUGUUGCCCCUGAAUGGCAAAUUAAAGGCUUACCUGUCUCUACACUCAUAUGGACAAUACAUACUUUACCCAUGGAGUUACUCAACUCAAGCCACGCCGCACCCUCUAUCAGCAAGCAUGGAUGCUGCUGCUCAAGCAAUGGCCGGACAAAUUCAAAACGCAAGUCAAGCGGUGUACAUUGCUGGCAACUCUGCUGUAACACUCUAUUCUGCAGCUGGAACAUCUGUUGACUGGGCCUCGUAUGCAAUGAAUCUUACUUAUGCAUACACACUUGAGCUGAGAGACACUGGGUCGUAUGGAUUUACCCUACCUGCAUCUCAGAUAUUGCCUACUGUACAAGAUGCCUGGGAGGCUGUAAAGGUUUUGGCUACAGUGGUCUGAAUGAAGUAACAGAAAGAGUCAACAAACGAAAGUUCCUCCAAUGAAAAUGAGAGACAAGGAGCUAUGAUUUGCAACGUAGAUUAUACAGUUAAGUCUAGCGAAAAUUGCUAAUGUCAUUGAAAUGUUCAUGAUUAAACAAAUAUUGUAUUAGUAAUUAAUAAUAACUUUUAAAUCAUUA